UAGAGCGGCACCACACCAAGCCCCGCCUCUUCCUGUCCGUUCUGCGCCCUGAUUGGAGGGAUUUGAAUAAAAGCGGGCCAGCCCCGGAUGCUGGUUGCUGCGAGGGAACGUUCAAACUGGAGCUUCGGUGAAGAAGAGACAGAGAAGAAAAGAAAUAAAGAAGGGAGGAAGGAAAGAAAGAAAGAGGCGGCGGAAUGAAGGCGGCCGCGAGAAAUAAAACCCCUCGGAAGUGUCUGCUGAAGAAGUCCUCCAACAACAACAUCCUGAAGGACCCCGUCGGCGUGUACUGCCGAGUGCGCCCUGUGAGCGUCCCGGACCAGGAGUGCUGCAUAGAGAUCGUCAGUGGUACAACGGUCCAGGUCCACCCUCCCGAAGGAUACCGCAUCACUCGCAAUGGGGAGUACAAAGAGCUUCAGUAUUCCUUUAAGGAGGUGUUUGGCAGCACUACCACUCAGAGGAAGGUGUUCGAUGUGGUUGCUCGGCCCUUGGUGGAAGAUCUCAUCCACGGGAAAAACGGUCUCCUUUUCACCUAUGGCGUCACAGGGAGUGGGAAAACCCACACCAUGACAGGGUCUCCUGGUGAGGGAGGGCUGCUUCCACGCUGUUUAGACAUGAUCUUCAACAGCAUUGGACCUUUCCAGGCGAAACGAUACGUUUUCAAGCUCGAUGACAAGAACGGGGUUGAUGUGCAAUGCGAGGUUGAUGCUUUACUGGAGCGCCAGAAGAGGGAAGUCCUCCCAACCCCCAAAACUCCAUCAAACAAGCGGCAAAUAGACCCUGAAAUUGCUGACAUGAUUAAUGUACAAGAUAACUGCAAAGCGGAUGAAGUCGAUGAAGACAAUGUCUAUGGUGUGUUUGUCUCCUACAUUGAGAUCUAUAAUAACUACAUCUAUGACCUUUUGGAUGAAACCCCCAUCGACCCCACCAAGCCAAAGUGGAACAACUGUGGCACUCCAGUUCGGAACGCUGACUUUUUGCUUCCCCAGUCCAAGAUUCUCCGUGAGGAUCAGAAUCACAACAUGUAUGUGGCAGGCUGCACGGAAGUGGAAGUCAAAUCCACCGAGGAAGCCUUUGAGGUCUUCUGGAGAGGCCAAAAGAAGAGGCGCAUUGCAAACACUCAGCUUAACCGAGAAUCCAGCCGUUCGCAUAGUGUGUUCCUGAUAAAACUGGCCCAAGCUCCCUUGGAUGCAGAUGGCGACAAUGUUCUGCAGGACAGAGAACUGAUAACCCUGAGCCAGUUAUCUUUGGUAGACCUUGCAGGCAGUGAGAGAACAAACAGAACAAAAGCCGAAGGAAACAGACUGCGGGAAGCAGGUAACAUUAAUCAAUCACUGAUGACACUCAGGACUUGCAUUGAAGUUCUGCGGGAGAACCAAACCUAUGGCACCAACAAGAUGGUCCCGUAUCGAGACUCAAAGCUGACCCAUCUAUUCAAGAACUACUUUGAUGGAGAAGGGAAAGUGCGUAUGAUUGUCUGUGUGAACCCAAAGGCUGAAGAUUAUGACGAGAGUUUGCAAGUCAUGCGAUUUGCAGAAAUCACUCAAGAGGUAGAAGUUGCAAGGCCUGCUGACAAGCCACUGUGUGGGUUAAUGGCUGGCCGGCGGUUUAAGAACCUGGCCUUCAGGGAGGAACUCUCUCAGCAGCUGGAACUCCGAGGUGGACCAAUUGAUGGAGAUAGAGAAAGGUCUGUCACAGAGAUGCUCUUACAGAACUUACCCCCAAUGCCUUCGUGUGAACUUCUGGACAUCAAUGAUGACCAGACUCUUCCUCGGCUGAUUGAAGUGUUGGAAAAACGUCAUCGCAUCCGGCAGAUGCUGUCAGAAGAGUUUGCCAAAAAUGUGCUUUCUGUAAAGAGCAUGCUGCAAGAACUUGAUACCAACAUUAUCUCCAAAGAGAACUUUGCGCAACUGAAAAUUGCAGAAAAAGAUAAAAUAAUAGCAGGGCAGAAAACAGAAGUUGAACGUCUGGGGAAGAAAACAAAAACUCUAGAAUAUAAGAUUGACAUCUUGGAAAAAACUGCGUCAAUUUAUGAAGAAGAGAAGCGCAACCUGCAGCUGGAGCUGGAGAACAAGAGCCAGAAGCUUCAGCGCCAGGCCUCAGAUAAGCGCCGGCUGGAAGCGCGGCUUCAGGGCAUGGUGACGGAAACGACCAUGAAGUGGGAGAAGGAGUGUGAGCGUCGGGUCGCAGCCAAGCAGCUUGAGAUGCAGAACAAGCUCUGGGUGAAGGAUGAGAAGCUCAAGCAACUGAAAGCAAUCGUCACAGAACCCAAGCCCACCAAACCGGAGAGACCUUCUCGGGAAAAGGACCGGGAGAAGGCCCUACAGAGAUCAAUGUCACCUCCACCAGUCCCUCUUUCCAGUCACUGCGCCUCUCAGCUCCCUCAGAGCAGCAACCACCCGCCGCCCCCCGCGACUCAGCUGCAGCUGCACAGGCGCUCUAACUCCUGCAGCAGCAUUUCGGUGGCCUCCUGCAUCUCGGAAUGGGAGCAGAGGACACCUACUCAGGGCAGCAAGUACCCCAGUGGCGCCGGCAGCGUGAGCGUGCCCAGAGGCAGGAGUAGACAGCAGGAGCCAGAGCAAGCCCGGCCCUUGCUCAUGCCAGACAGAAGGCGAGGCAUGUGCUGGACCGGAGGACUUGAGAACAGCGGGCGAGGGGCUCUAGAGCUGGAAGAAGACCCCUGCAGCAGGAAUGCCCCACUGGUUCGCCUCCGGCACAGGCGCUCUCGCUCGGCUGGGGAGAGGUGGGUUGACCACAAGCCCCCUUCCAACAUUCAGACAGAGACAGUCAUGCAGCCUCAUGUGCCUCAUGCCAUCACAGUAGCAGCUGCCAAUGAAAAGGCCCUGGCCAAGUGUGACAAGUACAUGCUGACCCACCAGGAGAUGGCUUCCGACGGGGAGAUCGAAACAAAGCUGAUCAAGGGAGAUGUUUACAAAACCCGAGGGGGUGGGCAGGCUGUCCAGUUCACUGAGAUCGAGACCCUGAAGCAAGAAUCUCCAACAGGUCGCAAGAGGCGCUCCUCUCCCGUGAGUCCGGUGCCACCAGAUGAGGCCACGGAAUCAGAAUGGACUGACGUAGAAACCAGAUGUUCUGUUGCUGUCGAGAUGAAGGCCGGCUCUUACCUUGGACCCGGAUACCAACACCACGCUCAGCCCAAGCGCAAAAAGCCAUGAAACGCUGAGUAUGUCCGUUGGAGCUCUUUUGUGAAAGACUUUCAUUGCCGGCCAGUGGCUAAAGGGAAGAGACAAAGAUAUAUAAAGAUAUAUGCUUUUUUGUGUAUGUGGCCCCGCUCUGCAUCGUGGCAUUGGGGAAAGAUGGCCUCCCCUUGUAUUCUGUUACCUCUUGACUGUCGCGUGGGAAGGCCGUCUCUCCCUCCUGAAUAAGCUUCCAGUACUUGUGUUCCUGCCACCUUUCUUCCCCUUGUAGUUUCCAGGUGUUCCUUCUUUCAGAUUCAAGAGACUAUGUAAAACACGCUGCUAUUUAUUUAGCUGUGCCCAUAAUGCACUUUAGAAUACCUCGGUGCCAGUUUCAGACUGUCGUCCUGAUUUAGCAAGGGACUCCUUCCUCGGCUUUUCAAUGGCUCUCCUUGGGCUGUGAGCAUCCAGGUAUAUGUUGCAAGGACUCACCUUCAAAGUCGUAGCUCCUUUCUUCACCUCUCGGUCUGCUCUUACCUGGUUUUAACGUAUCGGGACUUCUAGCUAGCUGUGCAGCAAGCAGAUGUUACCCUGUCUUUAUGUGUGGUUUUGUUAUAUCGAGAUAGCAAAUAAAAAAAACACAACCCUUUUCACUCCAAAAAUUUGAAA